AUGAAAUUCUGGAAUGCUGCGUGGCUGCUGCUCGUCGUUCUCGCGGCUCAAUGUGUGGCGUUUAACUGGCACAAAAAUUCCAUCCUGAGGCACCUCUACCCAGACGUCGAAGCCCAGGAAUGGCGCAGAGAUUUGAAGUCACUCCCCCUGGAAAAACUCGUUCAUCUGAGCACUGCUUUCACCGAGACCCGUGACCAGUUCAACACAACGCUGAAGGAGAUUCUCAUUCCGCGUACUGUGGGAAGCCCCGGCAACCUCAAAGUCAGAAAGUAUAUAGCUAACACACUGAAAAACCUGGGCUGGAACGUGGAACUGGACUCCUUCGGCGACAACACCCCUCUCGGAGCCAGGAAUUUCUCGAACGUGAUCGCGACCCACAAUCCCGACGCCUGCUACCGUCUGGUCCUCGCCUGCCACUACGAUUCCAAGAUCCACGAAGGGGGAGAGUUCCUUGGUGCCGUUGAUUCUGCCGUGCCUUGUGCUCAGCUCGUUCACAUUGCGAGGGUACUGCAAACAAACCUGACGGAACAGAGGCUCAGGAAGGACGGUGUGACGGUGCAGCUGAUUUUCUUCGACGGGGAAGAGGCGCUGGUUGAGUGGACCUCGACCGAUUCCCUGUACGGCUCCAGGCACCUCGCCGAGAAAUGGGCCAAGGAGAGGGUUUCUCAGGAGACCUUGGACGGCUGUGUCGCGCAGCACCCGGUCACGCACCAGCUCGACCGCAUGGAGUCGAUGGCGUUGCUUGACCUGCUGGGUGCUUCCGGUCCUACAUUCUAUAGCUACUUUGAAAACACGAAGCCUUUAUUCCUGAGGCUUUCUGACAUUGAAAAGCGACUGAACGACGCGAGCCUUCUGGAGGUAUCAGGGUCUCAGCAGAAGACAUCUUACUUCACCAACUCGCCAGCUCUCGGAAACAUCCAAGACGACCACAUUCCGUUUCUUAAAAAAAACGUGCCCAUCCUGCAUCUCAUCACGUUCCCGUUCCCGCCAGAGUGGCACACCGUAAAGGACAACGGAGACAUUCUGGAUCACGCAGUCAUCACCAACCUGAACAAGAUUUUCGCGGCGUUCAUCGCGGAAUACCUCAAACUUUGAUCGAAGACAACAGCAUCGGAGUCUUUUUAGAACCCCUCUCUUUUUGAUGUUUUGAGCACAGAGAAACAAAGCCAAAUUAAAACAACACAGAACAA